AUGGCCGAGAUCCCUCACACCCCGCACACAGACUUCGCUCGCUUUGUAGUCGACACGAUCAAGGCUUCGAGUAGUCUCGCGCUCAAUGAGAACCAGGCGGUCAUUCGUUCUGCUCUCGCUCUUUCACCUACGUUUUUGCUCACGGACAACUGCACCAAUCCCGACUCAUCUGGAUCGGACACCUGGCUACUCGGGCUGAAUCACCUCGCCGACAUCCUAGUCGCGCUGCAUGCCCGGAAUGAAUUGGAAGUCGCGCGGCGUCGAGAGCAUGUUCUGGUGAAUAUCUAUCCCACUGUUGCGUGCUGCUCCCUCCAAACCGAUUUCUCUGGUAGAGUGCUGGACGGCCGCAGGCACAUGGCCAGAGCUAGUUUACUCUCCGCUGGCGGCACCUGUACGGACCUGUCCUUCGCGAACAAUGCUAUCGACCAGUGGCUCGUGAUCCAGAGCCGCCGCAAGAAUACUUGGCAUCCGAACGUUGACUAUGAACAACCCACCCCACAAUCACCACAGACCCUGCUGAAUGAAGUUGGCACACCGAAUUCAACGGACCCGAGCGAAUCCAUUCCACUUGCAUCCUCUCCAGUACAAGAUUCACCCUCAACAACAGGACUGACGCCUCUCCGCGCGCACUACCUCAAGAAAUCCCUCAUCCAGCUCGAGUUUGAACGAGAGCUAGACGAAAUCACCUCGCCCACACCCAGUCAUGUAUCCGCCCUAUCGUACCUCGGACCACCGUUCAGUCCACCUCCCAAGAACUCACCGAUGCUCGACCUCCCAUUUCUCCGAUACAUCUUCCGACAGUUCGUCUUGACUUUCCCGUUCAUGGCGUCUGCUCCAAAGGAUUUCUACUCCGACAAGCUGCAGCCAUUCACGAAUUCUGUGAUGGAGCGCAAUCUGUCGCCGACCUCUGUGUUUGAUCAAGGAGAGGAGGGAUCCGAGGCGGCUUUACGGUCAAGACUGCUUGCCAAGGCGCAACGAAAUCUGUCCUUGUUCUUUAGUGCGGCCACAAAACUUACGGAUAAGGAGGAGGUCGUGCGACUGACGCAAUCUGAUCUGGAAAGACUGGAGGCUGCGGCGAAGCGACGACAGGCGAGGAAUCUGGAGGCAGCCAAGGAUAUAUUUGAAGUGAAUAUCGUCAGUGUGCGGACAGUAGUGGAUAAAGGGCGCGUGCGAAGUCGAGUUCACGAGGAAUUCAUCAUACGCACGCGUCGUUCAAACCUUUCCGAUGUUUUCGUUUCAAGAAGAUAUGGAGACUUUAAAACGCUCGCCGAGGAGCUGCGCAAGGCUCAUCCUUCAGAGGAGAUUCGGUCUCCCCCGGUCAAAGACAGAACGACAGUCACUGCGCCUCCAUCUGCUACAUCUCCGCUGAGCCCAGCACCGUCGUUCGCCAGCCAACAGUCUUGGGACGAUUAUCCUUCUGGAUCUCAAGUGCAGCAGAACUCUAGACUAGCCCGGGAAAAAAACCGGCUGACUCUUCGGGCUUACCUACACAGCCUGCUAGCCUCUCCGGUCAUCGCAUCCUCGCCUGUCCUGCGUUCGUUUCUGCUCUCCGGUCCGACGGCGCUGAGCCGAGAAGAGAUCGAAGAUGGAUUCCGGAGAGAGGAGGCGGAUCGAGUCCGAGAUGAGGGCAGGAAACAGUUUGCAAAAGAGAUCGCGAAUAGGGUGGAUGGCCUCCGGGCAGCCGUCAAGAGUGUCAAGGGUGAUAUCAUGGGCAAAGGUGUGCCGUUGUUGUCUGUGAUCGGUGACCCGGCGUUGAUCAUGCCACAAGAUGGUUUGACGCGCAUAUUCGCCUUGGUGAAGGUGACUCCGAACGUGCGGGAUCUGCCGGACAACUACAAGGCUGUUUUGGAAUGGGCCAGGAUGUCGUCAGUGUCGUCUUCCAGUGAAGUUUCGGCUAAUAGAGAUGGAUUCAGCCUUGCCUCAACUGUGUUCCACCAUUUUGUCGCGUCCGAUACCGCGUCGGAGAGCUUCGCCUCUUUGAAACGGAUCCAUGGGCUGAUGCCCUAUCUUCUGCUCAAGACAGCUCUGCGCAUCAGCAAUCCCAUAGCAAUGAUUCGAACACAAGCUGUGAUGGACUUGUUCUUAGCCCAACCAUUUGGUGGGAGAAGUCUGCUGCAGAGAAUGUUCACCGGUUCGUUGACGGAAGAAGUCCAUGCUCUGGAGGAAGAGAUCGAGGCAGUUAAGGAGAAGAUUGACGAUCCCAUGAUCUGCGAGAAGAUGCGCCAGUUUGUCUAUGCACCGAGGGAAAUCCAGGACCUGCUCAAGGCUGAUGCUGCGGCGGAGCAGAUGAGUGUGAUCACAGUUGUCCUCCGAGCAGCAGACGCACCGUUCCUUUCACGUGCACAAAUGAGCAGGGUCGCGCGUGCCCAUCGGGCUCAUGCUGCUUACAUGAAGCAGCGCGAGUCACUGAACGAUUCCGACGACGACGAUGGCCCCCAAGACGAGGACGGAUGGUUGUUCGAGGAUCUUAAAGUCCUUGCCGACCUGUACUCUAGAUUGCGAGAUCGAGAGCAGCUAAUUGAGUUGCUUUUCGAGGCAAGGAUCUACGUCCGAGCUCCUCAGGGACAUCAUCACGAUUUUUAUGCCCCUUUGGCACAAGUCUAUCGAGCGGCUAGUAUCGCUGACUCGAUCGGCGACUUGCAAAGUUUCAUCAACGACCUGAUCAAGACGGUCGAGCGAACGGAGGAUCUCGCCCAAGAGGAUCCCAAGCGAACUGUGCAAGCCUUUAUCGCACUGAUUGAGCGACACGAGCAGUCGUUUUACCAUUUUGUGCACAAGGUCCAUUCGAAAGGCGAAGGGCUCUUCAGCAGUCUCAUGCGGUGGAUUGAGCUCUACCUCACUGUCGUUCGAGAAGGACUCGGAGAUCCACUUAGUCUCGAGUUCCUUCUGCCGCACACUGGGGAGGAACGUGAUCGCAUUAUGGACGAGGUGGACAAAGUGGCUGUAUACCAUUACAAGCUGAAGGUCCUCUACGAAGACAAAAUCCGACGGCGCUUUGGCAAGGCGCGUGCCAAUGCAAAUGACGCAGAUGCCGAGGACGAGAUGACGAAAGCUCUGGUGGACGGAGUGGCUCAGGAGAUCGAUUUUGGAGAGCUAAUUCACGGGGACGCCAUUGAUGUUGCCGCCCAGGACACGGACGAGGAAGAUGAGGACGACGAUGACGACAGCGAGUUUGAGUCUGCAUCGGACAGCGGUAGCGACGAGGAGGGAAACAGCGAGGAGGACACCGAUCGAAGUGCAGAGGAGACACCUAUGCAAACACCAAGACCGCCUCCCAAGACGUUGUUGACGGUCCCACGUCCGAUAUCGUUGAAAUCCUCGCGGUCCAUGUCUUCCCCACGAUUCUCCCCCCGUGCCACCACUGCCGAGGAGCCUCGUAGCAGCCAUGUCGAAGCCGCUUCCACCAAGUCCGUCUCCAAUGUCCCCGAAUCACAGAAUGGUCCCUUCCCCUCUUCCUACACGGAAAGCACCGCCGCCGCCCCAAAAAUCGAAGAAAAACGGGGAGCUGCCAUUCAGCCUCCCGAUCUGGUCUAUCUGCCGAAAUUGUUACCCAUUUUCAGAGAGAUGAUGCGCCCUCAACUUGCCCCUCGACAGAGGACAAACUGAUGAAUAGUUUAACUAAUGCUGGAUAUUCAAGAUACUCUCACAUUAAUCACUGAUGCUGACACUGUCCAUUGUUAUCUGGCGACGCAUUUGAAGCUGUUGCCGUGUACAGCAUGGUCAUAAUAUCGAUGUGUCGCAAGUGACCAGAAGCGGUUCGACGCUCGUUAGUCUCGAUGAUAUCCUCAGCGUCUGCGGUUCUGGAAAAGACACUUGGACUGGAGGUUGGACCAAACAACUGCCAAGCAUCAGAUAGAAAGCGGUAGACCAGUUCAUAGAACAUUCACUUUGACUGUGCUGUCCAGGCCGCUGGCAGCAAACAGUGGCAGAUGGGGAUGUCCUUCGAUCACAUUGACGAUGCUGCUAUCCCCUUCCAAGAUUGAAUGCAACCCGCCGUCCUUCUUCCAAAUGAAGAUGUUCCCAUCGUCGGAACCAGAUGUGACAAACUGCUCCUGCGAGCCCAGAAAGUUGACUGCAGGAGAUGAGUGAGUUGGCUUUCAUAAAGGCUAUUACCUAGUUGCUUGCCGUCCUUGAUUGUGUCCACAUUCCGAGCGCCUCUGAAACAUUGUCGUGGCGGAACCACAGGCACGCCGGACAUGUAGGAAUCGUCUUGUCGCACACAGUCAUCUCGCGUCGAGUACAGGUAAACCGCAUCGCCACUGUAAGCUGCAAGGCAAGAUAAGAUGAGAUUCGGACGAUCACGAUGAGAUGAUCACUGACAGAGCAAUACUUCGUGUCCAUUUAGUAUAGACAUGCGGGACCCGGUGAUAUGGUCGUUGUGACGCUUGCGCGUUCCCUCCUGCCGGCCGAGCCGGCGGAUACAAUUGGUCACCCCCAUCCUCAGGGAUCGCGCACGCUCCGCCAUCGAAAGGCGGCUGAUCUGGCGCCGGUCGAAGAGAUAUCCCUGAAUCGACGCAUGAAUGGUUCUAAGAAGGACGAUACUAAAGCAGCCUACAUAGGGCGCCUCUCCCGCGGCGACAAACUGAUACGGAGUCAAUGGCGAAAGCGACAGCGUCGAGAGCUCGAAACCGAUAUCCAGCAGCGGUGGAGGACAUGCGUCCCCGCAUGAAUGCGCCGUCCGGAUAUCGUGUUGCCUAAUGCAGCCAUCCUGCGCGUAGAUGUGCUGGUGAAGUGUGGCUAAAUGGAGUUCGCAAACCACCCACCUCUGCGACAGUGAGGAACAAAGUCUGUGUACAGCUGUAUCGUCCAUCCGAGAUAGAAAUCGGGGCCGAGACGCUCAGAUCUCCCAUGUCGUGCAGCCGGACUUGAGCAUUAGUAUUUGUGCACACACACACAUCUUGGACGAGUGAGGGAGCAUCUUGGCGUUGAAUAUAUUUGCCCGGUGCCCUGUUUUCAAGACGCCACGGCAGAUAUACGGAUAGUCAUGUUCGAGGGAUGGGUCCAUGCUCCAGAUUUGCACGCUGAGCAGCCGUCAGUGCGCGAGAGGCCGCAAUAUCUCGGCGGAUAGCGCACGUUCGGUCAUCUCCCGCAGUCUUUCAAUGAAAAUACCCUCAUCCCAGCCACCCAUGAUGCAGCAGGUUGGACGCACCAGCAACAAUGCACCGUCUCGCGCCCAGCUCAGCGCAUUCACGCAUCCGGAGUGUCCAUAAGACCCGUCGUUUCCCAAAACGUUCACUCUGUCGAAAUCUUUCGUGUUCCAUUUCUUAGAUAGCAGAUGUCUAUGCCGCUCGGCCGCAGCGGCCUUGGAGGACAAUGUCGCCGUCAUUGUAGAGUAUAUGCGAUCACGUGCUGUUAUGUCGUCCGAAAUUAAAUCAUACUCAAGUUGUUCAAGUGUUCACAUCAGUCAGUAGAUAAACGAUAGGGUAAAGCAAGUAAAUCAGAAAUUGAUUCUGGGGCCUUGGACUGAGGGCGGAGCAGGUCUGGGCCCUCGAGGGGCUUCGGUAUAAGAGAGCGGUGGCGGCUUGGGAGUUGGGAGCACAGCAGCUCGAGGCUGCCCUCCGUUGAAGGUGGGCCACCGAGACGGCAUUGGAAUUGAGACACUGCGCCGAUGUCCGGAGUGGGUGGAAGAGGAAUCAGCCGCCAUGCUGUGAUGCGAAGUCAAUGAGCUCCGUUGCAAGCUGGAUGAUUCUCGCAUGACGGGCGGCAAGGACGUGCGAACGACCGAAUCUGCCGACGACGAAGCAGACAACGACGUCCGAGAUGAGACCUGUCGACUAGAGCCUUCCAUUAACCGCGAGAGCCUGAAAUGAGACCGCUGCGUCCGGGAAGCGGGUGAGAUGAGAUCUGAGAUAUCGUCACCGUCAUUAUCAACAUCCGGCAGGGUGAGAGUGGGUCGGGGCCGUUCGGCUUGUAGGUUCGCCUGUGCGUCGUCUUGGUCUAGUCGUUCUGCAAAGGCAAUCUGAGAUGGUACAAUCGCACGACUCUUGACGGGGAUGAUGGCAGGCGAAGCGGCAGGUACUCUUUGGCUGACCGACACAACGGCUUGAUCGAUGCUGUGUGCUCCCAUCGUCUCAAUCGUGCGCGUACUAUACGCGCUACGAGGUGACUCCCACCCAUCAGCUUGGUAUGAUGUUGGGAACGCAUGUCGGAUCGUUGGAGUUGGAGCAGUCAUCUGAGAAGAAGCCCGACCAGGACGAGCCAUGUGGGGCGGCUCUCGGAAGGGUUGAACCGAAGGGUAGGUCUCAAAGGAUAACACAGACUCUCGUGGAACGGUCGGCCGGUGCCGUUGUUUGUG